AUGGAUACCCCAUAUCUAAAAUCUUAUUAUCGACGAGGUUCUACAUUUCCGAGUUCUAAACAAAUAGAAACAAUUAGAACGCUCAAGGGGAAGGUUCCCAAAUAUAGAAUAAUAAGAGAUUUCCAUAUUAAUGAAAAUCGAGUUAAUGAUAUAUGGGAAAGUCAUGAACGUCAGCAACAAAUAAUACAAAAUACUAUUUCCUCUGAAAUAUUACCUAUAUCAGAUACGAAGUAUCCUGCUUCGCAGACAAUCUUACCUGAACAUCUGGAAUCUACUACCUCCCCCAAUACAGAAAUAAAAAAGAGAAGUUCCAAAUCUCGGUCUAAAUUUGUGCGUAUAUCUGAUCCAAUAUCUAGUGAUAACGUCGAUUCUACAGAAAAAAUAAGUGGGGGUGAUACAUGUGAAGCAAGAACACUUACGUGUCUAAAUAACAUUCCUAAUACAGAUAUAGUUGCCCAAAUUGAGCGAGAAAUAAAAAGAAAAGAUAAAAAUAUAGCUAAUA